UACAUUAUAUAGAUAAAAAUAUUGAUAGAUAUAGAUAUAUGCGUAUUAUAUUAAUAUAUAUAUAUAUAUUGUUUUUUAAAAAAGAACAAAAAAGGGGUUUACUCAAAUCUCACACAUUUGAUAAACAUGGUCUUUACUCCUCCGCACAGACAGAGGUCGCUAUAGCCGAAGAGCAACAGCUUUACUUCCGACUCCCUCCUGCGUGUAGAAUGAGGAGGAGGCGGCCUCUGCUGCUCCAGUGAAGCAGGGGGGAAGUUGAACGUAUUAGAUAUAAAGGUGGAGGCCACUCACAGACAGAUAAACACUGGUUUUAAAAGGGAUAACUAUAGAAACGACCAUUUACCUGCCAGGUUCGUACGGCUUCAUGCGCUGUUUCAGCGGGGACGCUUAAGUGAGAGUGUCGGCGUGUUCUGUACGCCCAGAGCCGGAAACCCGGAUACAGAGGAAAAAUGACAUCUUUUUCAUGGAGGGUUUUCCCUGCACUUGUCUGGCUACUGUUCCCUUGUGCUGUGGCUGCACAGGAGUCAUCACUGCUGGAAGGAUGGCAGGAUGUCUGGUUCUUCCGCUUCGUCCUCAACAUGCUGGGAUACUGCACUAUCAUCAUCCCGGGCUACCUCCUAAUCACCUACUUCAGAAAAGUGAACUACUUAGAAACAGGUAGUGGUACCUGUUAUCCGGCGAUAAAGGCUUGCGUGUACGGCAGUGAGGUCAAAAUAGGUCACUUGGAUGAUGUGUCAUUUGCAUCCAGGAGUGAUGGAGAUUCAGGUUCCACUUUCAAACAGACCAUCAAAUUACUCUUUUGUGCUGCUGGCCUUCAGGUGUCGUACCUGACGUGGGGGGUCCUGCAGGAGAGGGUGAUGACACGUUCCUAUGGCACCUCCAAUCCAGAGGAGGAAGGGGAGAGAUUCCAGGACUCGCAGUUCCUGGUCUUCAUGAAUCGCAUCCUGGCUCUUACGGUGGCAGGAGUGUGGUGCCUGAUGUUCAAGCAACCCCGCCACGGCGCGCCCAUGUACAAGUACUCCUUUGCCUCGCUCUCCAACAUCCUGAGCAGCUGGUGUCAGUAUGAGGCCCUCAAGUACAUCAGCUUCCCCACUCAAGUCCUGGCCAAGGCUUCCAAAGUCAUUCCCGUCAUGCUCAUGGGUAAGCUCGUGUCCCGGAAGAGCUACGAAUACUGGGAGUACUUCACCGCCAUGCUGAUCUCAUUCGGUGUCAGCAUGUUCCUGCUGUCCAGCAACAACGACGACAAGCCGUCCACUGCCACGACCUUCAGCGGGGUCAUCAUACUCAUGGGAUACAUCGUCUUUGACAGUUUCACCUCCAACUGGCAGGACAACUUGUUCAAGCACAAGAUGUCGUCGGUUCAGAUGAUGUUCGGAGUCAACCUCUUCUCCUGUCUCUUCACUAUCGGCUCACUGCUGGAGCAGGGCACGCUCUAUCAGGCGGUGGGCUUCAUGGUGCGUCACCCUACGUUUGCCUUCCAUGCCGUGUUGCUCUCCAUCUGUUCGGCGUGCGGUCAACUCUUCAUCUUCUACACCAUCAACCAGUUUGGUGCUGCCGUCUUCACCAUCAUCAUGACCCUGAGGCAGGCCAUCGCAAUCCUCCUUUCCUGUUUCAUCUACGGCCACGCCGUCUCCUUCGUAGGCUCUAUAGGUGUCGCCGUUGUUUUCUUGGCACUUUUCUUGCGGGUCUACGCACGUAACCGCAUGAAGUCCAGCGGACGGUCCCAGCAGUCGCUCCCGCAGAAGAUUUAGCACUCCAAAGUCGCACACACACCAAACUGGGAACUGGGAACACCACGUUUUCUGUGGUGAUUUUUUUUUUGUCUUUCUGUUUCAGUCUAAGAGUUGUUAUUUUAUUAUUUUUAUUUCGUGUUAGCACGGAGUGGGCUGGUAGGAAUAGAAAGGGAAUCUGCUGUUUGGACCACACUGGAGUCACGCGACUCCUGUAAUUGAACUAUAGCAGCCACGCUGCUGGUGUGAGGUGGUGGUUCACCUGUCAGAUGGGUCUCUCUGUAGAAAUACACAGCUCGCAGGGAAGCUUAACAUUUAUCUUGGUUUUAUUCUCGUUUAUUUGUGUCCAAUAUGUCAUUCAAUCAGCACAGAAUAUGAGUGGACAACUUCCAACUGCUGGCUGUUGGAUGGUACUGCAGAACUGAGGCUGUGUUAAAAAGAGCAUUUUCUAUCACAGGAGACUUGAAGAACUCUUCAUUUAAACCUUCUGAAUCAUCAGCAUCAUCAUUUUGCUCAACGCCUGAUGUUUAUCUAGUCCAGUACAGAGACGUCCUCAUAGACACAGUGAACAACAAUACAGUAGAUUAAUAACAGCCAUGACACACCACACACACAUCCUGUGUGCCCUUCUCACCCUCAUCACCCUAAACCAAAUACCCCGUAAGGGGUGUAAAUGAGUUGAGUGCCUGUGACAUCCUUAAAUUCACAAGUUCCUUACUAAAAUGUAUUUGUUUAGUUUUUGUUUUUUUCUACAGGUUAACGAUUUUCACCCUGAACCACAACUUCUUGGUUGAGCAGCAAGUUUACUCCUAGUCUUUUUCUGGACAAAUUGGGAAUAAGAUGAAGUUCUUCAAGCUGUUAAUGUCUGACGUUGAAAUCCCAAAACAAAAUGAAAAGAGACGAAGAAAGUCAUGCCUUCCUUUGCUAAACAGAUUAAUUUCUGUUUCUUAUUGUGACAUUUCUGUUUAAAACCUUGUAAACUUAACCUAAACUCAUUUAGCAUUUUUCUCAUACUUAGCUGUUAAUUAAAUGACAUGUAAACCUGCUAGGGGCUGUGAAAGUGUGAUUUUGAGCACACUACUCUGUACCCCCCCUCCCACCCCUGUACCCCGAGACAGAUGGCACUGGAGGUACGUUUUUUCCCUGAAACAUAUUGAAGGAUUUUUAAAAAAAAUGAUUAACAUUUAUUGUCGUCAUAACAUGAGACAGUUUUCACAGUUGGCCUAAAAGCCACAUUGUUAUAUACUGUUUAUUUACAACCAUCUGCUCUGUUGUGUACUUUUGUAUAAUGACUGCAUCGUGUGUUUGUUCGAUGUGACUGUUCAAAUUGCGACUGAGUGGAGGGAGGUGAAGGUACUGUAGUCCUGAAGUGGUUGUUGAGGGGAGAUGUAAUGUGUCUGGUACCUUGGGUUUUGUAUUAUCAUUCUAUUUCCUCUGGUAACUGGAUUAAUAAUAAAACACUAAUUUAAAUUAAA